AUUUGCAGACAAUGGCGGUUAUGGCAAGAUAAAAUAAACCGGGCUAAUCGUGAUCUGUCAGUCGCUUGUACAAUUAUUCAUAAUUGUAUUGUCGGUGACACGUGGUGCAACCCAUUAGUCUGCAUCCGUCAUGGGAAGUGCGGACACCACGGUGAAGUUGCAAAAUGAUAAUCACGAGAUCGACGAGUAUGGAAUUAACCUAAAGAUUUUACCCUGCAACAAUCAGGUGAAAGAGUUGCAAACCAUUUUAAGGGAUAAGAAUACUACCAGAAGUGAUUUCAAAUUCUACGCUGAUCGUUUGAUCAGAUUAGUUAUUGAAGAGAGUUUGAAUCAGUUGCCUUUUACGAAAUGUGUGGUUACGACUCCAACUGGUGCCAAAUACAAAGGUUUAAAAUAUCAGAAAGGAAAUUGUGGUGUAUCUAUUGUAAGAAGUGGAGAGGCUAUGGAACAGGGUCUAAGAGAUUGUUGUCGUAGUAUCAGAAUUGGUAAAAUAUUAGUAGAAAGUGAUAUGGACACGCACGAAGCUAGAGUAGUUUAUGCUAAAUUCCCAGAUGAUAUAUCUGAGAGAAAAGUCUUGUUGAUGUAUCCAAUAAUGAGUACAGGAAAUACUGUCAUAAAAGCCAUAGCUGUACUAAAAGAACAUAAUGUACUUGAAGAAAACAUUAUCCUGUCAAAUUUAUUUUGUACACCGAUUGCAGCCAAAUCUUUAGUCACUGCCUUUCCUAAGAUGAAGAUCUUAACGUCAGAAAUCCAUACUGUUGCACCAAAUCAUUUUGGACAAAAAUACUUUGGCUGUACUCGUGUUGUAAUGGAGACACCAAAUAUACAAGAGAAAGAUAAUUGAGGACAUAAUUAGAUCUCAAUUGAACCUAUGAAAUAGCAAGUUUAAUUGUCCAUAUUACACUGAACGUUAUAACAACUUGUGUAGAUCAAUCAGAUUAUGCACUAUUUUUAACUUGAGAAAGGGUAAAGAAUAUUUUUAGAUAUUAUAUAUCAAAAAGUAUAUAUUUUACGCAUAGCUAGUUUUUAUAUCGCUUUUG